GUCAGAGCAAGAUGGCUGCGCCCUGCAAAGUUUGAUUUUCUCCCGUCUCUUUUUUGCUCCUCGCUUUUGUCUGUUUCCGAGUCAUACAGACUAGCUUUCCCCUAUGUUCUCCCUCCGAGGCUGUGGCCGCCGGGUCGUGGCUUCCUUUACCAAACCCCUUCCCUUGGCCGCAUUCAGCGGUGACAGCGCGUCACCCUGUACUCCGCAUUUCGACGUGGUAGUCAUCGGCGGAGGACAUGCUGGCACAGAGGCAGCCGCCGCGGCCGCUCGGUGCGGCUCCCGGACUCUGCUCCUUACGCACCGUGUGGACACGAUCGGUCAGAUGUCCUGUAAUCCUUCCUUUGGGGGCAUCGGAAAGGGGCAUUUAAUGAGGGAAGUAGAUGCCUUAGAUGGCUUGUGUUCUCGCAUCUGUGACCAAUCUGGUGUACAUUACAAAGUAUUAAACCGGCGUAAAGGACCAGCUGUGUGGGGUCUAAGAGCUCAAAUUGAUAGGAAACUCUAUAAGGACAACAUGCAGAAAGAAAUCUUGAAUACACCACUGCUUACUGUUCAGGAGGGAGCUGUAGAAGACCUUAUCCUUAUAGAACCAGAGCCUGAAUACACUGGAAAAUGCCGUGUCAGUGGCGUUGUUUUGAUGGAUGGAAGCAAAGUAUAUGCAGAGAGUGUGAUUCUGACUACUGGGACAUUUCUGAGAGGCAUGAUUGUGAUUGGAUUGGAGAUGCAUCCAGCAGGACGUUUAGGGGAUCAGCCUUCCAUAGGAUUGGCUCAGACUCUGGAGAAGUUGGGGUUUGUAAUGGGAAGGUUGAAGACCGGGACACCACCCCGAAUUGCCAAAGAAUCCAUUAAUUUCAGCAUUUUAAAUAAGCAGACACCAGAUAAUCCAUCAUUUCCAUUUAGCUUUAUCAAUGAAGCAGUGUGGAUUAAGCCAGAAGAUCAGCUGCCAUGUUACUUGACUCAUACCAACCCUACAGUGGAUAAGAUUGUCCUUGAGAACCUUCACUUUAAUAGUCAUGUUAAGGAAACUACAAGAGGACCCAGAUACUGUCCCUCCAUUGAAUCAAAGGUUUUGCGUUUUCCAAACCGUGUGCAUCAGGUUUGGUUGGAACCUGAAGGAAUGGAUUCUGACCUUAUCUACCCCCAAGGAUUAUCUGUGACAUUACCAGCUGAGUUACAGGAGAAAAUGAUCACAUGCAUCAGGGGUUUGGAGAAAGCCAAGAUAAUUCAGCCAGGCUAUGGUGUUCAGUAUGAUUUCUUUGACCCCCGUCAAAUUACUCCUUCCCUUGAGACUCAUUUGGUUCAGCGGCUCUUCUUUGCUGGACAGAUAAAUGGCACAACUGGUUAUGAAGAAGCUGCAGCUCAAGGUGUGAUAGCUGGAAUCAAUGCCAGUCUUCGGGUUAGUCACAAGCCCCCGUUUGUUGUUAGCCGAACAGAAGGCUACAUAGGCGUCUUGAUUGAUGAUCUUACCACGCUGGGCACCAAUGAACCAUACCGCAUGUUUACCAGCCGAGUGGAGUUCCGUUUGUCACUGCGCCCUGAUAACGCUGACAGCAGGCUAACCCUCAGAGGGUAUAAGGAAGCUGGCUGUGUGUCCCAACAGCGUUAUAAAAGAGCUUCUUGGAUGAAGUCUUCUUUAGAAGAAGGCAUUUCUGUGCUGAAAUCCAUUGAGUUUUUGAACUCUAAAUGGAAAAAUUUAAUCCCAGAGGCUUCUAUAAGUAUUGGUAAAAGUCUACCUCUCAGAGCUCUGGAUGUUCUGAAGUAUGAGGAAGUUGACAUGGAGUUGUUAGCCAAGGCUGUUCCAGAGCCCUUGAAGAAAUACACGGAAUGUAGAGAGCUAUCUGAAAGACUGAAAAUAGAAGCCACUUACGAAUCAGUAUUGUUCCUUCAGCAACAGGAAAUAGAGGAAGUUCAGAGAGAUGAAGCUCUGCAGUUGCCAAAAGACUUAGAUUAUUUGACUCUCAAGGAUGUGUCUUUGUCACAUGAAGCUCGAGAAAAACUACAUAUCAGUCGCCCACAGACGAUUGGGGCUGCUAGUCGUAUACCUGGAGUGACACCUGCUGCCAUCAUCAAUCUGCUCAGGUUUGUGAAGACCACUCAGCAAAGACAGGCAGCUAUGGAGGAAUCAUGCAAAACCGAUCAAUACUUACGUAAUACAGACAGACUUCAAGAGAGAGAGUUCUAGCUUUCUGUUCGUAGACUUAAAGAGUGCAGGAAUAAUUUAAUCAAUAAGAGUAUAGAAAUAAAAGCUAUGUAGCACCUGUUAAAAUAGCCUUAAUAGGUUUUUAUGUUUUGUCACUGUUUUAUGAAGAGGACAGAGAUAUGAUUUGCUUUUUUAUGCAUCUGGAAAAAUAUUUGCAAAAUUAAUAUGUACCAUUUCUCUCAGGAGAGCUUAAUACAAUGAGUCCAUUCAUAUAACUGUGCACUAUUCAUCAAAGAGAGAUAUAGUGGCUCUAAAACUAAACCUGAAAAAAAAUCUAACCUUACAGUCCAUUAAGCAUACCAAAUUAAAGUCUUGUCUUCUGCUUAGUUAGGCUGGGUUUCAAGGUAUUAUCAAAGCCCUCAAGUUCUUAAGAGCUAAAAAUUUGAGACUGUACCAAAUCAUCCAGAAUUACUCAGCUAAUUACUAAUAUUAGAAUGUAGUAGGUAGAGUAAAAGUUGACUUCUAAGAUUUCUGUACUUCUACAGGAACUCCUCACUGGUAAACAUCUCUGAACAUGAUUGAAUGCCUUAUAAAUUAAAAAGAUUGGAAAUCACUGUGGUUUCUUAUCAAAAAAUGUGGAAACUUAUUUGGUAGCCUGAUUAAGGGAGGAUAAAGUAAAGGUAGUUAUUUAGUACCUUAUAUUAAAGAUAUUUUCUUAUGAAA